UAUGCACUUCCAGCUGGUGGUGAAGGAUACAAGCGCAAGAUUGCCUCUCGCUGUCCCAGCUGCCUCCCUCCCUCUCUCUCUCCCUCUCCCUCUCCCUCGCUCUCUCUCUCUCUCAGCCUCAUUGCAUCCUUCACUUUCUCUCUCUGCUACCCACCAUGAGGAUGGUCUCAGGUAGGGCCAGGAAGAAACCUACCAAGUGGACGACAGCAUAUCCCUAAAAAUGCUCUUUUACACAUACAGCCGUAAAUCAGCCCAUCCACAGACAGCUAGGAAAAAAAAAUCUUUUUGCCUCUGACAGCCAGAGAUACAUCCCUCCAUCUCGCAGGGGUCUUCUUCCUUCUGUCCUUCUUCAAGAUCCAUUUUUCGGACGUUAUUUUUUCGUUUUACCAUCAGGAUACCCCUCUGAGGCAUGGCGCACGCUGCGUCCCAGUUGAAGAAGAAAGCGGAUUUGGAUCUCGCCGCUGCCGAGGAAGAGAAGGAUAAGAAGAGGAAGACCAGGAAGAGGUCUCGGGAAGGCAAGAAAAAGACCGACACAAAUGCCAGCUAUCUGCGAGCGGCCCGAGCUGGAAACCUGGAGAAAGCCCUCGAUUACCUGAAGUCUGGGGUCGAGAUCAACAUCUGUAACCAGAAUGGCCUGAAUGCUCUUCAUCUCGCCUCCAAGGAGGGACAUGUGGAGAUAGUGGCACAGCUUAUUAAACUCGGAGCCAGUGUGGAUGCAGCAACAAAGAAAGGAAACACGGCUCUGCACAUCGCCUCCCUCGCUGGUCAGACUGAAGUGGUCAGAGAGCUGGUGAAUAAUGGAGCCAACGUCAACGCUCAGUCGCAGAACGGCUUCACGCCGCUCUACAUGGCAGCACAGGAGAACCAUCUGGAAGUGGUUCGCUUUCUGCUGGACAACGGCUCCAGCCAGAGCAUCGCAACAGAGGAUGGCUUCACUCCGUUGGCUGUAGCCCUGCAGCAGGGCCAUGAUCAGGUGGUCUCUCUGCUCCUUGAGAACGACACAAAAGGGAAAGUUCGUCUUCCUGCGCUCCACAUCGCCGCCCGUAAAGAUGACACCAAAGCUGCCGCUCUGCUACUCCAGAACGACCACAAUGCCGACGUAGAGUCUAAGAUGAUGGUGAAUAGAACCACAGAGAGUGGUUUCACCCCACUGCACAUUGCUGCACACUAUGGCAACAUCAAUGUGGCUACGCUGCUCCUCAACCGUGGUGCUGCCAUGGACUUCAGAGCCAGGAAUGACAUCACGCCUCUCCAUGUGGCGUCGAAGAGAGGAAACAGCAACAUGGUCAAGCUGUUGCUGGAACGAGGAGCACGCAUCGAUGCCAAAACCAAGGACGGUCUCACUCCACUCCACUGUGGAGCCAGAAGUGGUCAUGAGCAAGUUGUGGAGAUGUUGCUGGACCGUGGAGCUCCAAUUCUGUCCAAGACUAAAAAUGGACUGUCUCCGCUGCACAUGGCCACACAGGGAGAUCACCUGAACUGUGUACAGCUUCUGCUGCAUCAUGACGUACCUGUAGAUGACGUCACCAACGAUUACCUGACAGCGCUGCAUGUGGCAGCCCACUGUGGGCACUACAAAGUGGCAAAGGUCAUCGUGGACAAGAAGGCGAACCCUAAUGCCAAAGCACUGAAUGGUUUCACACCACUUCACAUCGCCUGCAAGAAGAACAGGAUCAAAGUGAUGGAGCUGCUGCUGAAACAUGGAGCGUCUAUACAGGCAGUGACGGAGUCCGGACUCACGCCGAUUCAUGUGGCUGCUUUUAUGGGGCACGAAAACAUUGUGACUCAGUUGAUGAAUCACGGUGCAUCGCCAAACACAACCAACGUGAGGGGAGAGACGGCACUCCACAUGGCCGCCAGGGCUGGACAGACGGGUGUAGUGAAAUACCUGGUGCAGAACGGAACUCACGUCGAUGCCAAGUCCAAGGAUGACCAGACUCCGCUGCAUAUCUCCAGUCGUCUGGGGAAGCCUGAGAUUGUGCAGCUGUUAUUGCAGCAUGGAGCCGCGCCUGACUCCACCACCACGUCUGGAUACACACCGCUGCACCUGGCAGCCCGCGAAGGCCACAAAGACGUAGCCUCAAUACUGCUGGACCAGGGAGCUUCACUGAGCAUCACCACCAAGAAGGGAUUCACACCUCUACACGUGGCAGCUAAGUACGGCAAAAUAGAGGUCACCAACCUCCUGCUGCAGAAAAGAGCUCCUGCAGAUGCAUCGGGAAAGAGCGGACUAACUCCACUGCAUGUAGCUGCGCACUAUGAUAACCAGAAAGUGGCACUUCUUCUCCUGGACCAGGGGGCUUCUCCCCAUGCAGCUGCCAAGAAUGGCUACACUCCUCUACAUAUAGCUGCCAAGAAGAAUCAGAUGGAGAUCGCCACCACGCUGCUGGAAUAUGGCGCUGAUACCAACGCCGCCACUCGACAGGGCAUUAGUCCACUCCACCUGGCUGCUCAGGAGGGCAACGUGGACAUGGUCACCCUGCUGCUUGCACGUGAUGCCACCAUCAACAUGGGCAACAAGAGUGGCCUGACUCCUCUUCACCUGGUGGCUCAGGAGGACAAAGUGAACGUAGCUGAAGUGUUGGUUAAUCAGGGAGCUGCAGUUGAUCCUGAGACCAAGAUGGCGUAUACUCCGCUGCACGUCGCCUGUCACUAUGGCAACAUAAAGAUGGUGCACUUCCUCCUGAAGAACCAGGCUAAGGUCAACGCUAAAACGAAGAACGGAUACACUCCUCUACACCAGGCUGCACAGCAAGGCCACACACACGUCAUUAACCUCCUCCUGCAGCACGGAGCCUCGCCCAACGAGCUGACUCUGAACGGAAACACGGCUCUGUCCAUCGCCAGGCGGCUGGGUUACAUCUCAGUAGUGGACACCCUGAAGGUUGUGACUGAGGAGACCCUGACCACUAUGACGGUGACCGAGAAGCACAAGAUAAAUGUUCCAGAGACAAUGAACGAGGUUCUGGACAUGUCUGAUGAUGAAGUUCGUAGAGCCAAUGUCCCUGAAAUGCUCAGUGAGGACUAUAUGUCAGAUGUUGAAGAAGGUGAGGACGUGAUGUUGGGGGACACAGAUAAGUACCUGGGUCCCCAGGACCUGCGUGAGCUAGGGGACGACUCUUUGCCUCAGGAAGGUUACGUGGGUUUCAGCAUCGGAGCCCGAUCCGGAAGUCCUAGAGUCAGCCUGCGCUCCUUCAGUUCGGAUAGGUCCAACACACUGAACCGGAGCUCUUUCACCAGGGACAGCAUGAUGAUCGAGGAGAUCCUGGCACCCAGCAAGGACACGGCUGUCUGUAAAGCGAUGCACUGCGUUGUUGAGCCCCAUAAUAAGCAUCUGGCUGUAGCUAAAGAGUAUGACACUGACUCUCUGAGGCGAUACAGUUGGACAGCAGACGCUCUGGACAACGUCAACUUGGUCUCUAGCCCUGUCCAUUCAGGGUUCCUGGUGAGCUUCAUGGUGGAUGCUCGCGGUGGCUCCAUGCGAGGCAGCCGCCACAACGGGAUGCGCAUCAUCAUCCCACCACGCAAGUGCACAGCCCCGACUCGCAUCACCUGCCGCCUGGUCAAGCGGCACAAGCUUGCCUCGCCACCGCCCAUGGUGGAGGGAGAGGGACUGGCAAGCCGCCUAGUGGAGGUGGGCCCUGCCGGAGCCCAGUUCCUCGGCCCUGUGAUAGUGGAGAUCCCUCACUUUGGCUCCAUGAGAGGGAAAGAGCGUGAGCUGAUCAUUCUUAGGAGCGAUAAUGGAGAGACUUGGAAGGAACACCAGUAUGACUGCAAGACCGAAGCCCUCAAUGAGCUGCUGAACGGCAUGGACGAAGAACUGGAGAGCAUCGAAGACCUGGAGAAGAAACGCAUCUGUCGAAUCAUCAGUAAAGACUUCCCACAGUAUUUUGCCGUGGUGUCACGGAUCAAGCAGGAGACUAAUCAUAUGGGUCCCGAGGGAGGGGUUCUCUCCAGUAUGACUGUUCCUCAAGUCCAGGCCUCUUUCCCUGAAGGAGCUCUCACCAAGAAGAUCAGGGUUGGACUUCAGACCCAGCCAGUCCCAGAUGAGACGGUGAAGAAGAUCAUAGGCAACAGAGCCACAUUCAGCCCCAUAGUAACAGUGGAGCCACGUAGAAGGAAGUUCCACAAACCUAUCACCAUGACUAUCCCCGUGCCUCCUCGAUCAGGGGAAGGUAUGAACAACGGCUACAAAGGAGACACGACACCUUGCUUACGUCUUCUGUGCAGCAUCACAGGUGGCACCUCCCCUGCACAAUGGGAAGAUAUCACUGGGACGACUCCGCUCACUUUCUCCAACGAAUGCGUCUCGUUCACUACCAACGUAUCUGCCAGGUUCUGGCUUGCAGACUGCCAUCAGAUUCCUGAGACAGUAUCUUUGGCCACUCAGCUCUACAGGGAACUCAUCUGUGUGCCGUACAUGGCCAAGUUUGUAGUGUUCGCCAAAAUGAAUGAUUCUGUGGAAUCCAAUCUGCGAUGCUUCUGCAUGACGGAUGACAAAGUGGACAAGACCUUGGAGCAGCAAGAGAACUUUGAGGAGGUGGCCAGAAGCAAAGACAUUGAGGUUUUGGAAGGGAAGCCAAUCUACGUGGACUGCUACGGCAAUUUAACGCCUCUGAUUAAAGCCGGACAGCAGCUGGUUCUUAAUUUCUAUGCGUUUAAAGAGAACAGACUGCCGUUCUGUGUGAAGGUGAGGGACAACAGCCAAGAACCUUGUGGACGGCUGUCCUUCCUCAGAGAGAUUAAAAACACAAAGGGGCUUCCCCAAACUGCCGUCUGUAACUUAAACAUCACUCUGCCCGCACUCAAGAAGGAUAUGGACUCAGAUCCUGAUGAAGAGACUGAAAAGCCAGAACGACGUCAUACCUUUGCAUCUCUAGCCUUACGUAAGCGGUACAGCUAUCUGACUGAGCCUGGAUUGAAAACAGUUGAACGAAGUACAACAAGAACACUGCCUGCUGGUUACCCUCACAAACCUGUCUUUUCAACAAGAUCUUACCAGGCAUGGUCCGCUGCUCCUGUUACCAUCCCUGGGCAAACAAAGUGUGGACUGGGUUCCCUCUCCAGCUCACCUUCCAACACGCCAUCUGCUUCGCCAUUAAAGUCAGUUUGGUCAAUAACCUCAGCUUCUCCUCUGAAGUCCACCCUGGGAACCACAAAUGCAUCUCCUGUAAAGUCUGUUAGUGACAUCGCAUCACCCAUUAGAACAUACAGAUCUAUGUCUUCACCUAUAAAAACUGUUGUUCAGCAAGGCCAGUACCCUUCACCGGUUUCUAGUGGUCUCAUGUCUUCAUCUUUUAAAACCGGCACAGAUCCUGUGUCGAUCAAGGGACUGGCUGCGUCACUUACUUCGAGACCUAUCUCUGUACCACCAUCUGGUUCUAUACUUGAUAGAUCAUUCACCAUGAUUACGCCCCCUGAAUCUCCAAAGUCAGUUUCAAAUAUGUAUACACAAACUUUGUCUCUCCGAUCAACUCUUACCUCCGCACCUACCGCAGCAACACCUACAUUUAAAACAUUAACAGGUCUGUCCUCUAUGAAAACGUCUCCAGAUCGAGGUACAGUCUCCAAUGGGACAAUUCUGUCAUCAUUCUCUUCAUCAGCUGGGCCUGCCGUUGCCUCUGCUGAAACAGUCCUUCUUAACGGAUCUGUGUCACCAGUCAAAUACCCCUCUUAUUCUUCUAUAUCACCCCGUCUCCUUUCAGAAGGAACUAGCAGUUUGCAGGAGAGGAUACAAGCUACAACACAAGCAGCUGCUUCCAGUGUUAGCGCAGCUUUUUGUGAGGCUGAAAAAACUCUAAUUGGCUAUUCUACAUCAAGCUAUGACACAAUCAAAUCCAUGUCAUCUCCUCUGAGAUCAAAUGUGUCAAAUUCAAUGUAUGCUUCCUACAGAAGCCCUGGUCCUUCUGGUGCCCCACUAUCGACUAGUGCUAUGACCGUACCAGUUUUCUCCGUAGUUAAUGUUCUUCCAGAGCCCCAAGAUAAGAAGAUAUCCGACACGGUAUCAACUGUUCCUCAGACAACACCAACAUUUACCUCCAGGUCUAAACCUUCAAAACCCCAACUCUAUAUCCCUUCAGCAGCAUUUAAAUCAGCCAAUGCCACAUCAAGUCAAGAUAUAAUGCGUGACGUGGCAGACAUGAAAGAGGGUCUUAUUAAAAUGACUGCCUUAUUGCAAAACGAUGCCACUAAUGUAUCAAAGUCGUAUCAGUCCCAGGCUACCAGGGAAUCUAAAAUGGAAGAUGAUGAACCUUUCAGUUUAGUUGAGAAAGUGAAAGAAGAUCUUGUGAAAGUCAGUGAAAUCCUCUCUAAGGAUGUACUGAGUGAGACGAAAAUCUUUACUAAGGACCGAGCAUGUGAGGAUGAGUGGGAGGAGUUCUCUAAAGAUGAAAUAGAGGAGGCUCAACAGAGUUUAAUGAAAUCUCAUCCAACAUUUGAAUCCACCCUUCCUGUUAGACCACAGUCAGUGCAAGACAAAGACUUGAAUUUAGCCAAGGUGGUUGACUACUUAAUGAAUGAUAUCGGUGCUAGUUCGCUCACGAAAAUUGCUGGUGAAAAGAGUAAAUACCAUGAAAUUAAGGAGGGAGAGGAAAAGCAGAAACGUACGUUCAAAUCUGAGCAUAAACUCAAAAUGCCGCCUCCAGGAAUUCGCACGUCUCCUUCAGAGAAAGAUUUAUGCAAAUUAACUGAUUCUUACAGUGGAACAGAAGCGAUUUUAGAAUCCCCUGACGACUUUUCCCAUGAUCAGGAUAAAAGCCCACUGUCAGACAGUGGUUUUGAAACCCGAAGUGAAAAGACUCCCUCGGCUCCUCAGAGUGCAGAGAGCACAGGGCCCAAACCUCUAUUUUCAGAUGUCCCUAUUCCCCCAGUCAUAACAGAAACCAGAACCGAGGUCGUUCACGUGAUCCGAAGCUAUGAACAUCCUGAAGAGGCCUGUGAGCCCAUACUAGAAGAAGCUGCCGCAUUGCAAUCACCUGCUUGUAUUGAACCCGAGUCAGCUGCUGGCUCAAUCAAAGACAAAGUAAAGGCCUUUCAGAUGAAAGUCAGUUCUGAGGACGAUUCUGUAAUGAGCAAAAGUAUGUGUCUGAAAGAAGAAACUCAUAUAACCACCACGACUAGAAUGGUCUACCAUAAACCCCAAUUAAAAGAGGCAGGCUGUGACAGAAUUGAAGAAACCAUGUCAGUUCGAGACAUAAUGAAAGCUUUCCAGUCAGGGAGAGACCCUUCUAAAGAAUUGGCUGGGCUGUUUGAACACAAGGCUAAUAAGGAUUCUAUCAAAGGAGACGAAUUAACACCACGGUUCCUUGACAAAGACACAAAACCCAAAGUUGAAAGAAUAAUCGAGGUUCAUAUAGAAAAGGGCAACACAGACCCAACAGAGGUAAUAAUCAGAGAGACAAAGAAACACCCCGAGUAUAUAUGCAAAGGCAGCCGUGGUCUGAAGGAACUUUCUAACAGAGUAGAGGGUGAUUUUGGGGCUCUACAUGAAGACGAACUGUUUACUGCUGAGGAAACACUACCCUCUUUCUUAGAAACAUCUAGAGUCAACACACCCGUUCCUCAGGAGGAGGAGAGUCGACCCAGUUCUGCUCAGCUCGUUGCCGAUGACUCGUAUAAAGCUUUUAAACUACUAAGCCAGCAGUCUAUCGAAUAUCAUGACGAUGAACUGUCCGAGCUGAGGGGAGAGUCGUAUAGAUUUGCCGAUAAAAUGCUUCUUUCUGAAAAAUUAGACGCGUCACACUCUGAUACCGAGGAUUCAUUUGUUAACCAGGGAGGUGGGAACACUCCUGAGUUAGGAGCAGAAGGAUUUUAUAGCCCCAAAAAAGAAUCAAUUUUCAGGUCAGCAAGGGACACAUCUGACAAAUUUUUCCAUAAAGAUCAGUAUGACAAACUGACGGUGUUGCACUAUACGACAGAACCCGGCAGCCCCAAACAUACAGUUAGGAUGCACUUCACCCAAGAUAGGCAAGACAGAAAUAGAGAAAAACUCAUAUACGAAGAUCGCAUCGACCAAACGGUUAAAGAGGCCGAAGAAAAAUUGAGUGAGGUUUCGCAGUUUUUUAGAGACAAAACAGAAAAGCUAAACGAUGAGCUUCAGUCCCCUGAGAAAAAGCCUCCCAUGAGAGACUUCAGAGAGACUCGCUCAGGCCCAAGCUCUGUGUGCAGCAGUCCUCAAAAAACAAAGCCCAAAAGUGACGUAAGCUCCGAGGAAUGGGAUAAGGGGAAACAGAAAUUGUUUGGUAGCAUGAAUGAUAGAAAAAGCGCCAGUUUGCCAAGCAGCCCAGAGAGGCAUGUGCAGUCACUCUUAAAUGAGGACAAAUCUAAACAGGAAAACAGUGCUUGGCAGUCUAAGGCAGGUGACCCAGUUCAAGUUAAGACUUCCAGAGUGAGCUCUGUUAGGCUCAAAUUUGAAACAGAGGUCCAAAAUCAAGAGAGAAAUAUGCCAAGUACACAAUCAAAACCACCUGUGAAAAAACUUCAGGAAAGCAAAUUACCUGUUUAUCAGUUUUUUGCCGGCUCAAAGGCUCCAAAGGUAGAUUCCACGGAGGAAGGAAAGCCUUUAAACAAAUCCACAGAAAGUGAUAAAAGUAAAGUGACUUCUGGGCAAAAUUCAACUUUCAGCAAAUUUGGCACUGCAUCAUGUUCGUCAGAAACAGCAGACAGCGUUUACGGCAAGCCACAGUAUGAACAGGUCACUAAGCCUAAAUAUGACACAGAUGAAAAACCUGAUGUCGGUAAAAUCAGAACUAGUGAAAAAACCUGUAACUCCUUAAAAGAUGCUAGUAGUAUCGAUAAGCAUAGCACAAUCAGUGCUGACCUUAAAGGGCAACAUUUUAAAAAUGUAUUCGUAAAGGAGGUCAAAUCAGAUUUGCCAUCAAAAGAGAACCGCACAGACUGUGAUGAUACACAAAUAAAGACCCUUAAAAAAAAGAUUUCGGAAUCACAAAUUCCUGUGAGAAUGUCAUCCAGUCCCCCGGAUGCUGAUCAAGGAAAGAAAGUGAAACAAGAUACAGUUGUUAAACAGUCAGAAAAGAGCCCAUCACAUAUACCUACCUUAGCUAAACCGAGAGUUCAGGGUCGCUCGGAAGUGUCUAGGGAAGAGGCUUCGAUGAAGACAUAUGAAGGUUCUGUAGAAGGUGGUGGUAUCAGAGAUCCAGGUUCAGGUAACUACAAGGACACGGUGGAAAAGGUUACCACAGUCACCACCAGAGAAAGUUUCAAAGGACUGAAGACAUUACCAGUUUAUGUAAGUGUGCAAGUGGGAAAACAAGGCGAGAAAGAUUUAGGGACGAACGGAUCAGUCAGGAAAAUAGUCGGUUCGGAGAGCCGAACGAUUUACACGGUCAAACAGAGACAGCCAACCUCCCCUCAGGGUAGCCCGGAUGAUGACACUUUAGAACAGAUAUCUUUUCUUGAUAGCUCUGGGAAAAGUCCCAUGACACCGGAAACACCUAGCUCUGAGGAAGUCAGUUAUGAUCUCACUUCAAGGACCCCUGAAUGUUUCAUGGCAUUCAUACCAGGCAGUGCUAGUCCAAUAGCUGAAGUCUCGGAAGAAUCGGAGGAUUCCGAGCAAGGCAAAGUGUUUACAUAUAAAGAAACUGCCCCAGAAAAGUUCUCAGGCAGUACGGCAGCCAACAGGAGUCAGGAUAGCGGACAGAAAAAUAAAGACAAAAGAGUUGCGUACAUAGAGUUUCCCCCUCCCCCUCCCUUGGAUGCAGAUUCAUCACAAACGGAGAAAAAAGGGUCCACUCCUUCCUUAGAGAUAGACACCGAUAUGAUGGAGGUGAACCUCCAGGAGGAGCAUGACAAGCAUCUUCUUGCUGAGCCCAUAAUUAGAGUCCACCCUCCAUCCCCUGUGCCUCCCGGAGCUAAUGACAGUGACUCAAGUGAAGACGAAUCAGUAUUUCAACCCAUUCCUGUUAAGAAAUAUACCUUUAAAAUCGAUGAGCAGGACCAAGGGAAGGAAUCCAAACCCAAAAAACAUGACAGGAACGGCAAUCAUAAAGAACCCGGGAUGAACGGUAACGGCAAAGCUGAGGAUAAUGACUAUGAACAAAAUGGCAACGAUCAGUCUAUCACAGACUGCUCGAUAGCAACAACUGCCGAGUUCUCUCAUGACACAGAUGCCACGGAGAUUGAUUCUCUGGAUGGAUAUGACUUUCAGGAUGAGGAUGAUGGACUUCAUGAAAAUGAUGUAAAAACAUUUGGAUAUUCCAACGAUAACAGAAAAGACAUUUGGGCUUCAGAAAGCAUGCUUAGGCCUAGCGACCGAUCUUUCAGUCAAAGUAAACUAGAAGUCAUUGAAGAGGAAUCGCCGACUGAGGAGUACAAAAAGGCGAAAACUACGAACGAGUCCGCUGUUAAAAACGCAGAAAACGGGAAGGACAACGAAAAGGACAAAAAGCAAUCAAAGGAAGACGGACUGUCUGAAACGUACUUUAGCUACAAGCUCGAGGAAGAGUUUAAUACUCCGUUUAAAACUGUUGCGACGAAAGGCUUGGACUUUGAUCCCUGGUCGAGUAAAGGAGGAGAUGAUGAAGUUGUCGAUGCUAGAAUUAAAGAUGAUGAGCCAAAGCCUUUCGGGCUAGCCAUAGACGAGAGGUCUCAAGCGACUACCCCUGACACGACUCCUGCAAGAACGCCAACUGAUGAAAGCACACCGACUAGUGAACCUAACCCAUUCCCCUUCCACGAAGGGAAGAUGUUUGAGAUGACCCGCAGUGGUGCAAUUGACAUGAGCAAACGGGAUUUUGUUGAAGAGAGGCUGCAGUUUUUCCAGAUUGGUGAGCAUUUAUAUGGACGGAGACCUGGGAAUAAAAGGGAAGGGGUCACAAAUCCAAGUGUAGUCACAUCACAACCACAGCAAGUAGAGCAUGCACAGGUUAAGAUGGAUAACAGCACAGUAGCAUCAUACAAUAUCAUUCAGAUUUGCGCUGAUCGCUCGGACACUCCAUCUCAUGACAACAUUAUGGAGCCACCCUCAUAUUCAGAAGUCAGUUCUAAUUUGUGUUCCUCUUUUAAGAUAGGAGUCAAAGACACAUCUGGUGAGAAUAAGGAUUUGGUGUGUAUGGACUGGGACAGUUUUACAAUUAAGACAUCACUAGCUUCAGAAGGCCCCAAACCAGAAACAAGUACAGAAAGCCAAUAUGAGCCAAGGACAGAUUUAUCAAAGACAGAGCAGAAAUGUAUCCAGACACAGAACUGCAAUAAUAAUUGUAAUCUACAGGCUUCCAGAGUUACACAUAAGUACAUGCAGUCCAGCACUGUAGAACAGCAUCAGCAGUCGCAUCCCGAGGCCAGCUACUUUAAGCCUAUUUCAGAGGAUUUCCAUAAAACAGACUCAGAUAUAGUGAGAGAAGAGAGCUAUGAUAUGAACAAGGUAAAUGUAAAUCCACAAUGCCACCAACAAAGUGCUGCGUACAAAGAAAUCGUAAUUCCACAAUGCAAGGACGUUAAAAGAAAGACACUAAUGUCUAGGUUGCCGAUACUGGAACAUCGUUCGACAAAAGGCUAUAGCUGUGCAGGUAUGAGGUUACAGCUGUCAAUCAAAGGAAUCAAACAGGGGCCCAGUAAAAGACUAGACCCGUUCCCCAUUACAAAACCCGAAACUCGCAUCCCAGUGUUGAAGGUUAAGAAAGAUCCUAAAAGUUCUUCUUCAAUAGGGAAAUGUAGGACAAGCACAUUAGUGAAAGAGAAAAGAAGAACUCAGGUAAUAGUAGCUAGAAGUAUGUCAAAGACAGACUCUCGAAGCUCAACAAAAAGUAAGACAAACCAGAAGCAGGUGCAGGCCGUGGGCAAAAACUCGAAGGCUAGUGAAACAGUAAAGCUUGUGGACUGCCAUGCUGAUGAAGACAAAAAGAUGCAGGGAGAUGAUAAGGAUGAAGAAAGGAGCACAUCCAGGAACACAUCUUUGUCAGAAGCAUCCCAGCCCUCCACUACAUCCAGGUCUGCUAGAGACGUGAGAGCAGAGGUUGAGCAGGCCGGCAGAGACAGGAGGAGGAGGAGGAGGAGUAAGAGGACGAGUGGAAGUGAAGGCAGUCAGGGUGCUGGGUCUCAAGUGGCCCCUGGCGUGGAAAUCGAGCCUAGCCCUCAGAGUCCUUGCGAGAGGACAGACCUGCGGAUGGCUAUAGUGGCAGAUCAUCUUGGCCUUAGCUGGACUGAGCUGGCCAGGGAAAUGGAUUUCUCGGUUGAUGAGAUUAAUCACAUCCGUGUGGAGAACCCCAACUCCUUGACAGCUCAGAGUUUCAUGCUAUUAAAGAAAUGGGUCAGCAGAGACGGUAAAAAUGCCACAACGGAUGCCUUAACUGCAGCACUGACAAAGAUCAAUCGGAUGGAUAUUGUGACAUUGCUGGAAGGGCCAAUAUUUGAUUAUGGUAACAUUUCAGGCACAAGGUGUUUUGCAGAUGAUAACGCAGUUUUCCGGGAUCAGGCUGAUGGUUACCACGACAUCAGUCUGGAGCUGCAGAGUCCCUCAGAGUUGUCCUAUGACCCCCCCACCCCUCUCCGCCACGACGAUUUCUUUAGCGAGGACGGUAGUGUAGACCCGCCCAGUAGAUCCCCAGUUAGACCCAAUGAACUGUCCUUGGCGACCACUUCCAGGGAUGCACUCUCCCCGAAUGCAGCGCCCCCUACUGUGGUAGCCGAGGAUUACUCAAUAGGAGGCAGAGGCUCAUACAGUCGAGAUGGGGGCUCGACCGAAGAUGAUCUGGAGGCCCAUGACAGUGAUGAGGUGUUUAAGCAUCCAGAAGUGUUCAUGCUGAGCACUCUCCAAGAGCAAGAGGUUCCUCCCAACAGAGCCUAUGAGGCAAGAGAAAGUGGCAGGUCUGGUUUUGAACAGCAAGAGGACGAAGAAGUGACCCAGGAGGAGUCCCUUUUUAAAGGCAUUAACUUGGAGGAAGGGUCAGAGAAUGAGGAGAUAACCAAAGAAAAAGUGGAACAGGCAGAAAAAGAGAUGUCUUCGCUUGCAGGGUUGCAAGAAGGGCCAUCCAGUGUGAGCCAGGAGGUCGCUGCUUCGGUUCUGCACGCUGAUGCACAGAUGCAAGAGAGGAGCCAAAAGCCAACUGAGAGACAGAAUGGGGAACUUCAAACUCAAGGUGGUUCACUGCUCGAGACCCAGGAAACUUCGAGUAAGGCGAAGGGCAAAAGCAGCAGGGACCCCCCAAGUGACAACACCGCUGGGCCGAGCACCAUGGAUGAGGAGACAGCAGAGCCAAAGCCUAAGCAGGAAGCACAUAGAGACAAUGAGUCCAGUUCUGAUGAGGAACACACAGUCACCACCAGGGUGUAUCGACGGAGGGUGAUUCUGAAGGGCGAUCAGGCCAAAAACAUUCCCGGCGAGUCGGUCACAGAGGAGCAGUUCACAGAUGAAGAGGGAAACAUUGUCACCAGAAAAGUUAUCCGGAAAGUGGUACGUCGUGUGCCUGGGAAAGAUGAGAAAGGCAAGAAGAAAAGGAGCAGGCGCUCCAAACAGGCCGCUAGGGCCGAGGAGCCUGUUGAACAGGAAGAGGGGCCCUCUAAGAGCCCCGAGGGCCCGAGUGAAAACUCUGAGGUUGGAGAGGGAGACAAGAAGAAAGAAGGGAGACAAAGAGGGAAAAAGGGUCAAUCGUAACAGUCACGUGUGCUAUCUGAGAUCUGAACUUGUUUCAUCGUUGUUUUCCUGGGAAAAGGAUCACUGGAAAAGCAAUGCAGGAGAUCAGAACAGGGGAUUGUGCGUCUGCAGCCUUUACAUAAACGCAUGGUUUUUAGGAAGAGGACUUUAUGAUUUCGCAUGAGCAUGGAAAACCUCCGACUUUCUGUCAACGACACAAAGCAUCUGAUCGGUGCCAGGAAAUGACACGUUAGCUCAAGUCCGUUGGCGGCACGAAGCUUCUUCUGCGCCUUUACGUUGGAGGAGUGCCAGUGACUACAAAAAUGGCACUGAAGCAUUUCCAUGACCAAAGAUGGUACAAAGAGCAUUGUGGACUGACAGAAAUUGAAGAAAAUGUUUUUAAAAACACCUUCUACUCUCGCCUUACUUUUUCUCCCCACUCUCGGACUUUAUAGCGACGGGCUGUAUAAUGCUGUUUUUAAAGAUCCUGUACAUAAACCAGAACUGUAUAAAAUCUAAAGUAGCUCACUAAAUCGUGAAUGCACGGGCAAGUGAAUCCCAUCGUGUGUUAGAAACGAAACGAAUGCUGAUAUUAAUUCCAAAUUUAAAGAUAACGUUCGAGGAGUGACUCCACACUGUAAUUACACAAAGAAAAAAAAAAAGAACUUUUUACACAAGAACAAGUUUGCUUGAUUUCAACAGAAUAGUUUUCUUUUUAAGCGUACCACAAUAAUGACAAAACGACAAGUGACAUAGCUGCAGUUGUGUUAAAAGAUUUACUCAGAAUACUAAUAUUUUGAUGCAUGUGAUUCACCUUCUUUUUGAUUUGUUUCCUAUCUACAUAACCAGAGGUGUGGUAAAUGUUCUAUCUGUGUGCACACUCAUAGCCUUGGUAUUUGUCACUAAUACUGUUUUAUAAUGACACCACUGAACCACAAGCGACUCACGGCGAGUCGGAUGGACACUGAUGGAUGCUGAGUUCUUGCAGCUAAAGUUUUCCUAUGCAGUCACAGACAAGCAUGGAGUGUUGAGUGAGAGAGAGAGAGAGAGAGAGAGAGAGAGAGAGAGAGAGAGAGAACUGGCACACCAUUAAGUUUUAACCGGUCUCAUGUGUAUUAGCACUAAGAGGUCUUUCUGUACGCCAUUCUAACAGUGUAUUACUAGGUUCCAAGGCUGCUGUGGUCAUAAGGGGCAUUUUUUUAUUUGGGUUUGGUGAAAUAUUUCCUUAUGUUGAAUAUACUCAAAAGAAGAGAGACAGAGAGAGAGAGAGAGAGAGAGAGAGAGAGAGAGAGAGAGAGAGAGAGAGAGAGAGAUCACCUUCAGGUAUUCAUUGAAUGAUCUGGUAACAAACUUGUAUGAGAAACCAUACACUGGAUGAUUGAAUUAAUUAUUUAAGCAUAAAAUAAAUUGUGUUCAAAAUCAAA